GCCUGCUAAAACCAUAGACCAUGACUUUGAUGUUGUGGAGCAACAGAACGGAAUGGACCCAGAUUCCCAAAUCAAUUAUGGGGACGCCAUAGACUACUGGUCCUCAGUGCCUGCCUCGGUCAAUGGGGUUUUGGGAGGAUUUGGUGAACAGACAUCGGUUCCAAAAGCUGACAUUGUUGGAUCCUCCACCUUCUUGAGGAAGUUGCAAACCAGAAUGGUAUGCCCUGAAGGAGAAGCUAAGUUGACUAUAGAUGUUGGGGCCGGGAUCGGAAGAAUAACAAGAGACUUAUUAUGGAAAGUAAGUGACCAGGUUGACUUAUUAGAGCCAGUCAAGCCAUUUGUUCAACAAAUGGAAAAUGAAUUGGUUGCCGUUAAAGCCAAGGGCAAGCUCGGUGAUAUAUACGACAUCGGAAUGCAAGAGUGGCAACCAGCCCCAGAGAAAGUAGGCAAAUACUGGUUAGUCUGGUGCCAAUGGUGUGUUGGGCAAUUACCUGACGAUGCUCUCGUUGAAUUCUGGGCCCGUUGCAAAUCUGCCUUGAUGGCCAACGGUACUUUGAUAGUGAAGGAAAACAUUGCCCCAGUGGACGAUAUAUUCGACGAAACCGAUAGCUCUGUCACCAGAACCGAUGCUAAAUUCAGAGAAUUAUUCACAAGAGCUGGUUACAAGUUGAUUGCAAGUGACAUCCAAAAAGGUUUACCCAGAGAAUUAUACCCUGUCAGAAUGUACUGCUUGAAACCAAUCCACUAGCUUAUACUCUAAUGUACUUUAUUCCUUCGUCUUGUAAUUGUAAAGUUGCAAAACUCUUCUCAUCUCAU